AUGAACAACUUGUUCUCUCUUCGAGAACCGUUGCUAAUUCUUUUUGUUGGUGUACUUUGUUUAAUUAUUGUUACACUUAUACCUUAUUUUCACAUACGGAACCGACCUACAAAUAAUACGGAUCCUUUCUACCAUGCCCUGGGAAUAUUUACCUUUAGCUCUGUAAUUGAUCUAAUCAUUGCUUUAGAAAAUGAUGGCAUUAUAGAUGACUUUAUGGAUUUUUAUCUUCGGGAAGGAGAGCCAUAUCUGAGAACCUCACAUGGCACCAUGAUAUGCUACUGGGAUGGAAUUGCUCACUAUGCCAUGUACUUGAUUAUGUUGGCUGCUUUGUCAUGGAACCAGAGGUAUCGUAAUGUUGGCCUCUACUGGGCUGGUUCUAUUAUUCAUAGCAUGUCUCACUUUCUCACUUUUUUUUUCCCUCUACAUCAAUUUAGUCUCUAUCUGUCUCAAAAUUCUAUCUCCUCUAUUUUCCCAACAUGUUGUUCCUUUUGA